AUGGCCAUAUUAUCAAAAUAUAAUAUAGAAAAGUAUCAAUUCGAUAUUGAUGUCCGAAAAAAACAUCAACUCUAUGGAAUGUCAGGAAAAUUAAUAUAUGAAGGUAAAUGGAUAUCAAGAAGAGAUGAUCCAAUAAUUAUUGUUGAAAUGAAUGAAACAAUUGCUGAACGUGAAGCUCGGUUUUAUUUAGAAUUAAAUAGUCAUAAUAAUAUUAUUCAUACACUUGGUUAUGUUGAAAAUAGUUUAAAUUUAACUAUAUUUAUACAAGAAUUUGCACAAUUAACAGAUUUAGCUGGUGUAUUAAUGGAUAAUCAAUUUAUUAUUUCUCAAACAAUAUUAAUUGAAAUGUUUUUACAGAUUGCUGAUGCAAUGAGUUAUAUUACAAGUAAAAAGAUUGUACAUGGUGAUUUAGGUUGUCGAAAUGUACUUGUUUUUCAACUGGAUCUAUCUCAAACAAAAAAUAAUUUAGUUAAAAUAACUGAUUUUGGUCUUGCACGUUGGAUUGAUCAACCAUCUUCUCAUCAAGAUCAAUUAGUCAUUCCAAUUCGAUAUUGUGCACCAGAAAUUCUUCAAAAUAAUCAUCAUGAAGAGUAUUCAGAAAAAUCUGAUGUCUAUUCAAUGGGUGUUCUAAUUUGGGAAGCUUUAUCAAAUAGUGAAAUUCCUUAUUCAUCAAUUCCUAAAGAUGAUGAUGUCAAACGAAUGAAAUUAAAUAAUGAAAAACUUAAAAAGCCACAUACUUGUGAUCAUCAACUAUGGACAUUAAUGAAUAAUUGUUGGAAUAAUAAUCCUAGAGAUCGACCUAGUUUUGAACUAAUUAAACAAAGAUUAUCGAACAUGAAAAUUUCUGAUAAUCAAGAUCUUCGAAGUUUUGUUUCAUUUCAUGAGCCACCAGCACAUUAUGAAUAUGAACUUGAUAUUGACAUAGAAAUGCAUGAUUUAUUGAAUGGUCAAUUUGGUAAAACGUAUGAAGCAGAAUGGAUAUCAAGAGAAGAAAGACCAAUUGUCUUAAUUGUAAUGGAUAAAGAACCAUCAGAAUAUGAAGCAUUAGUUUAUACAAACUUUAAUCUUCAUCAUCAUAUUCUUUAUACAUUUGGAUUUGUUGAAAACAAUCGUGGAUUAAUUUUGUUAUUGCAAGAAAGAGCACUUCAUGGGAAUCUUCAAGUAUUGUUAAAUAAUCGACAAUUUCAACCAUUACCAAUAGUACUCAUUACAAUCUUCUUGCAAAUUGUGGAAGCUAUGAUUUAUGUUAUUAGCAAAGAUAUUGUACAUGGUAACUUGUGUUGUGCCAAUGUUCUUGUCUUUCAAAUGCAUCCUUCUGAAUCAACAGAAAAUUUAUUUAAACUAACAAACUUUAGUUUGGCACAUAAAAAUGAUCCAUCCUUCGUUGAUGAUAGACGACUUCCUAUUCCUGUACGAUAUUGUGCUCCAGAAAUUCUUCGAAGUGCAGGCCGAUCAAAUUAUUCUGAACUAUCAGAUGUUUAUUCAAUGGGUGUUUUGAUGUGGGAAGCUUGUUCAAAUGGAAAACUUCCAUAUGAAUCCUUAAAAACUAAUAGUGAAAUUCGACAACGAAAAUUGAAUGGUGAAAAAUUAUCAAAGCCAUUUAUGUGCGAUAGACAAAUGUGGUCUAUCAUAGAAGAUUGUUGGCAUAAUGAACCACAACUACGAUAUAAUUUCAAAGAUAUGAAAAAACGUUUCUUCAAUGUUCGUCGCGAUUCAAUAGAAACUUCUCAAUAUGAACUAAAUGUCAAUGUCAAACAAAGACGUCCACUUAAUGGUAAUAAUGGAAAGUUUUAUGAAGCAGAUUGGAUUCCAAAGAAAGAUCCACCAAUUAUUCUAAUUGUUAUGGAUGAAGAAAUAGCAGAACAAGAAGCUUCAUUUUAUAUGAAAUUUAAUUCUCAUUCUCAUAUUGUUCAUACUUUUGGCUUUGUUAAAAAUGAUCUUAAAUUAACCAUGUUAUUACAAGAGCGAGCACUUUAUGGUGAUCUGCAAACAUUAUUACAAAAUGGAAAGUUUCAACCAUCAGGCGAAGUACUCGUAGCAAUCUUUUUACAGAUCAUUGAUGCGAUGAUUUACAUUACUAGUCAAGGAAUUGUACAUGGUGAUUUGCGUUGUAUCAAUGUGCUUGUCUUUGAAAUGAAUUCAUCUGACUCAAGAAGAAAUCUUGUUAAGCUAACUAAUUUUCGUAUGUCUUGUGAAAAGGAUCAGUCAGUUUCAAACAAAAGAGUGCCUCAGAAUCUAAUGCAAUAUUGUGCACCAGAAAUUCGUCGAAAUCAAGAUAGAUCGAACUAUUCUGAAUUAUCUGAUGUUUAUUCAAUGGGUGUGUUAAUGUGGCAAGCUUGUUCAAAAGGAGCCAUUCCGUAUGGGCAUCAUACAAGGGAUGGUGGUAUUCAAGAAAGAAAAUUGAAUGAAGAGAAAUUAUCACAGCCGCAACAAUGUCAGCCCCAACUAUGGGAAGUUAUUUUCGACUGUUUGCAUCGUCAACCAGAAUCACGAUACAAAUUCACAGAGAUAAAACAGAGACUGAUCAAUAUUCAAAUCGAGCCAGUCCGUCUUAUACAGUGCAUGCGUUGUGAUGAUUAUAUUCCUGAAAAUGAAAUGACCAAUCAUCAGAAGAAUUCAUGUGUACUGUCGCUGCCUUCUGUCAAUGUUCCUGAACAUAAAAUUCGCUUUAUUCCAUGUAAUUAUUGUCAUAAAAAAUAUCCAGUUGACAUGAUCGAAAAUCAUCAGACAUCAUGUACAAUGAAGCGAAAACCUGUCGAAUCAUCUAAAACACUUUAUGAUUAUUCUUCAUGUAUAUAUUGUGAUGAAUCAUAUCCAGACAAUUUGAUACAAAAGCAUCAGUUAGUUUGUCAUCAAAGACCUAUUUCACCUCCUGUCAUUACUAUUGAACCUGUAUCCUUGUAUGUCAAAUGUGAUAAUUGUAAAACAGAAUUUUUACACAAUAAAUUAGCUGAUCAUCAGAGAACAUGUUCACUAGAACAUCCUACUGGUAAUAAUACUUAUAAUUCUCCAAAAUUUAUUCAAUGUCAACAUUGUAAUAAACAAUUUCCACUACAUAGAAUAGAUGCUCACGAGGAAUCAUGUCCAACAAAAUCAAGGUCUUUUUUGGCUUCCAUUUGUCCAUGUUUUAGUUUCUUUCGUUCGAAAAACUAUUAG